AUGGAGCCAGUAAACUUUGAGGAUGUGGCAGGGAAUUUUAUCUCAGAAGAAUGGGCUGUGUUGGAUUCUAGUCAAAAGAAGCUCUACAGCGAUGUGAUGAAGGAAACAUUUUUGAACCUGGUCUCCAUAGAAAAGGCAUUAGAAGAAAACGUUGAAGAGGACUUUAAAGAUCUCAGCAGGAAUAUGGGAAUUCAGUCAAUUGAGAAAGACCAUGGAUAUGAAUGUCAUACUGAGUGUGAUAAAAACCAGCAACCUAUUCCAGAGAGUAUGAUCAAUAAAGACAUGCCUUCCAGGGUAAGGACUCAUGAAACUCCAUUGCAUGUAAGAAACAGUAUUGGUCAUUUCUCCUUACAUGGGUAUCUCAGAGAAAAAACUAGAGAGAAACCACCGCUGUAUAAGGAAGCUGUGGUAAAAGCUUUUACACAUCGGAAACAUUGGAAAAAUAUCAGUUAUUCUGAAUCACUUCAAGUACUAGAAACUUCUAAAGAGAAACCCUGUAAAAAUCAACAAUGUAAUGAAGCCUGUAGGAGUCUCUGUUUUGAUCAGCCUCAGGAGAGAACUCACACUGGAUAUAAACUCAAUGAGAAUGUCUUAAUGAGAUACACAUAUGGCCAGAAUGAUGAAGGAACCAAUACAGAAGUGAAACAAUUUGUAUGUAGUCUCUGUAAAGAAUCCUUCAUUGAUUCCAGUAACAUUACCAACCAUGAAAAAAGUCAUGUUGAAGAGACAAGGUACAUUUGUAGGCAGUGUGGCCAAAUAUUUAAAUAUGCAACAUGUUUUGAGAAACAAAAAGUAACUCACAAAGGAGAGAAGCCAUAUGCUUAUAUACAUUUUGGAAAAGUCUUCACCCAAUUCAGUCACCAUAACAGUCAUGAAAGCAGUUACAUUGGACAAAAGCCUUAUGUCUGCAAACACUGUGGGAAAAACUUCACCCGUUCUUCUUAUCGAAACAUUCACGAAAGAAUUCACACUGGAGAGAAAGCUUAUGCAUGUAAGCAUUGCGGAAAAGCCUUCAACAAUCCCAGCAGUCAUAACAGACAUGAAAGGAGCCAUACUGCAGAGAAACCUUAUACAUGCAAGCAUUGUGGAAAAGCCUUUUUUUUGUUCCAGUCAUCUGAAUAUCCAUGA